AUGACGGAUAUAUCCGAAUUCACAAGUGUCUUCCGCGCUCGCAUCAACCUCAACGACAGGCGUAAAGCGAACAAGCGAAAUCGCCAAGCACUUUCCUGCCUUGCAUGUCGCAGCCGGAAGCUAAAAUGUGACCGUCAGAACCCGUGUACUGCGUGUAGUAAACGUGGGGAAGGGUCGGCGUGCACUUUCAUAGCUACCACAGGAAGUAAUGGAGUAGGGUCUGCUGGUAUUACUAAGCCAUCUAGUGGCCCUGCAGCUGCAGACACAAAAAGAUCCGAAGCUCAGGCCAAAUUACAAAAACUCGAAGAGAUAGUGCAGCAAUUGAUACAGUCCGGAGCGGUUGUUUCUAAACCUGGUGACAAUAGAAAUAAUUCUGCGAAGAGGACAAGCCGAGAAGCUGUGCAGCCAAGAACACAACCUGAUAGUAAUGAGGAUGAAGGCCCACAAAAUGAACCAACAUCCGUUAAUAAAAGGCACCAGCAGGCCCCGGUUUUCAUGUGCUAUAACCAAGCUAGUGGAGGAUACGUCGGUGCAACCCACUGGGCUGCUCUUCUUGAACAAAUCAACUGUGUCAAGGAGUGUCUUGAAGACGGAAUGGAUCGCAACUCUUCUAAUCAGUCGGUCUCUGACGAUUCUCCGGUGACUGAUGAUGCAGACUUGAUUUUAGGCAAUGGUUCUGGGAAUCUUACAAUUGAAGAUGCAAUACGAAGUCUCCCACCCCGUCACAUAGCGGACCGCCUGCUUCAAAUAUACUAUUCCGUCAAGUUCUCAAACGCUCUUUUCAUCCAUACCACAAAGUUCCGACGAGAGUAUGAAGCAUUUUGGAAGAAUCCAAGCUCAGCUACUCUAGUAUGGAUUUCGAUCCUAUUCUCCAUAUUAUGUAUGGGCUCCAUAAUUGCGGCUCGUGGCAACAAGCUCAUUGCCUUGGAGUCAUAUGAUAUUGAGGCAGCGACACUCUGUAGCAAGGCUCGACAAUGCCUUGUCGCUGGUCAUCAUACAAAGUGCCAGCCGUAUGUGAUAGAGGCUUUAGUCAUUUACUCUUAUUGCAAAUACCAGCUCAACGUAGACUCAGACUCUACCCUUUGGGCGCUCGCAGGAUAUGUGACUCGCCUCGCGCAACGGUUAGGUUACCACCGUGACCCUAAACACCUCGGCAAAUUCACCCCCUUCGAAGCUGAGAUGCGUCGGCGGACUUGGUUUUGGGUAUCCACUUUCGAUCUUAUCUUUUCUUUUCAGUAUGGCAUGCCAGGGAUCAUCCACGAUGAGCAGUGCGAUACAGAAUCGCCUGGGAACUAUGGUGAUGAGGAUUUUGACGAAGAUACAGUCGUCAUGCCGCCGCCUCGCCCUGCAACAGAGUUUACGAACAUGCUUUACUACUGCCACAAGAUAAAAAUGACCUCUGUCUUUCGUCGAGUUAUCGGACAAGCGCUGGCGCUUCGGCAACCCGAUUACGAUCAGAUCCUAAAGCUCGAUAAGGAACUUGACGAAGUUCAUAAUGGUAUCCCUGCAGUUCUGAGACUGAACGAAUCUAUAAGGGAGAGCAGUUUCGCCGAUGCUUCUUAUAUGAUCCUUCAUCGCAUGGUCUUAGAAUUGACUUACCACAAGUGCCUCUGCGUGCUGCACCGCAUGUAUCUAACUUUCGAGAAGGACAAUCCAAAAUAUGAAUAUUCACGGAACCGUGCUAGGGAGUCAGCUUUGAGAAUUCUCGGUCUUCAAAGCGACGCCUAUGAUGAAAGUCAGCCGGGCGGGAGGCUAUGGGAAGAGCGAUGGAUGGUAUCUAGCUUAACAAUUCAUGACUUCUUGCUUGCUAGUAUGAUAAUGUGUCUUGACUUGAGCGAGAAGAAAGAUACCGAUGCUUCAAAAAACUCACGGUGUCUUAUAGCUCUACAAAAGUCCUACCGAAUUUGGUCGGAAAAGAAGCAUAUGUCUCGCGAUGCCCUUCAUGCUUCUAACGUUCUAGCGGCUAUGCUCGCAAGAGCAACAGGUCCUACCGCUGAACAACCAGAUACUGCGAGGACAGCGACGCCUCUUCCUCCAACAUCCAACCUACCUCCUACCAGCCCAUUUACUGGUACAAUUAUCGAUUCUAACUCACCAUCUCAAGAACGCAACCCCAUUUUCAGCGUUAGCACCUUGGGGUUGGGUUCAGAUAGUAGUACAGCAUUCGGGAGCAUGCCAAUGGACACAUCGGCACAUAUUAGCACCAUUAGCAAUAAUAUGGUGGGGAUGUCCGGGGGAACAGAACAAGAUCGCUCGGAGCAGGUUGGAGAGUUUGUACCGCGACAACUUACGGCAAGAGAAGAAACAUUCGGACUGGGUUUUGGAAACGAUGUUUACCCCAUGGUCGAUACCUUUGAACCACUAGAUUUUGAUACCUUGAUGAGUGGCAGCGGAAAUAUUGAUUGGGGCCUUGUUGACCGCUACUUAUUCGACAAAACGGUUAAUUUCGGCGAUAACUCACCAGUUUUAGACAACAUGCAGAUAAUCACGCCGGAUGAAUCAGACACUAGUAGUGGCCGGCUGGGCCCGGCUUCUCAGUCCUCAGCAUCCUCUUCUAAUCCCGAACAACAACGUCUUUAA